AUAGUUCACCGCGAGAACUUGAAUUUAACGCACUGACGCAUCAUCGCGUUGUUAUCAAACUUCUGACGAAUUUUACUACCAUUUAGUUGAAAAGAGUAAGGGAAUGGAUUAGGUGAAAUUCUUUUCAUCUUAAUGUACAGAUUUUUCGUUCAAUUUCUCCCGUGAUUUCUCGCUCACUUACCUUUCAAUAAUGUGAUUUAUUUGUUUCAUUUCUGUAUUUGUUUCGCGUUAUCGUGUUUAAAAGUAGGUAGGUAGGUAUGCCAUUCUAUAAAAAAAAAUCCUAGACGAAUCAGUUAACGCAUUUUUAUGAUUAAUGGUUAUAUAAAAUUUAAAAUAAUCGUUAUUUGAUAACACGUGUUCGCAAUUAAGCACACGAAGAACAAGAGAAUGCAAUCUCAUGUACCUUUUUUGCAUCGUUAUGACGAUGUGAAAAUUUCUCGAAAAAAUAGUUGGAUCGUAAACUUUUCGAUGAAAAAUAUCCACUGUGCUUAAUUUUUUCAAAUUCACUACGGUACAAAGUUCAAUUCGGCACGCGAGAUAGGUAUCUAUACCUACAUUUGAUUUACUUUUUUAAUUCGAUCAACAAAAUUUUGAAGCGGAAAAAAACCAAAUCACCAAUCAUUUUUAGAUCAGUGUACAAGAUUGUAGCAUUUAAACAUAUUACAACUUCGUAUAUAUUAAUCGUAUGAAGUAUUGAUGAUGUGGUCCAUUAGUCCGAUAUAUUUUUCCUGACUCGAUGCUAUUUUUAAUCACAAAAACAAAUUUUACAAUAAGACUAACAUAAUUGUUCAACACGUCUCUUAUAAAACCCUUUGCUGGCCGCAACAUGAGACAUUACUUUGCAAUUGCUCGUCUUCAUGUGUAACUCGACUUUUUUUUUUAUCAAUUCAUCGAUAAGUAUUAAAAUCGGCUCGCUCGUUUCUCAUUUUCUAACAGCGGUGUAGUGAUAUUGUAACACCUCUUGAUACCUAUCGUUGAUAUCAAUCAUCUACUCGGUUUAGUUACAAACCCAUUGGCGUUGCUCUUGUUUACAUUUUCGUUAUUUUGUUUCGGUUCAACUUAUCAAUGGCUUAGUUUAUUUUCACAAAUUAUAUCGAAUUAAUAGUGAUUUUUUUUGAAUGGUCGCAUCGUGGACUAAUUUACGAUAUACGAAGAAUUAUUUUGAAUUUAUUGAAACUCAAUUUCAAGCAUGAACAUGAAGCUGGAAUAUUGGAUUACGACAUUGUUACCUGUCUUAAUUUUGAUCUACCGCAACCCGAAAUGGAGAAGAACGGUGAAGUGUUACGUGAAAUAUCUGGUUUUCUUCGUAUAUUUGGCAUCAAUUUCAACAUUGGGACUUCCUUUGUGCUUGAAACAUCCGGCGAAUUGUAAAUCAAUGUGGGUAUAUGCUUCGUUGUUAACUCCUGUCUCGAAGAUUCUGGGCAUUAAAUGGGAAAUUCGACAUCGUGAAAAAAUGAUCAGCAAUGAUAAAAGCUCAAUUUGUAUCGCAAAUCAUCAAUCUUUGUACGAUAUAGUUGGAAUGCUACUUGUGUUUAAAUCUUGCUCUUUACGUUGUGGCAUAAUAGCCAGAAACUUUUUCUUUUGGUUGUGGCCAGUUGGUUUGGCUAUGUGGAUGGCUGGAAUAGUUUUCAUCAGAAGACAAACCGGAUUGGAAAAAACUAAACAAUGUUUCAACGAGGGAGCGCAAAGACUUUUUAAAAAUAAAGAAAAGUUAUGGGUGUUCGUAGAAGGCACAAGGAAUAAACAUCCGGAAACUUUGCUUCCUUUCAAAAAAGGAGCCUUUGUUACCGCUAUCGAUAAUCAAGUUCCUUUACAACCGAUCUUAUUUUCUCCAUUUUACUUCGUCGAUAUCAAAGAGAAAAGAUUUGAUUCGGGUAAAAUUAUAAUAGAAGUUAUGGAUCCCAUAUCAACAGAAGGAUUAACACGUGACGAUUUAGAUGAUCUAGUGGCCAAUACGUAUACCCUUAUGUCAGAAAAACAUAAGCAACUGAUGAACGAAUUAAAACCGUGUGUAGAAGAGUAUAAAAACUCAAUUAGUAGGUAAAUAAGAUCUUUGAUAUUUAAUUAUCAAGCGUGAUUUCAUUUGUUUGUUCGCUCAUUUUUUUUUAUAAGUUAUUGUUUUUUGAGCAAGAUAAUUAAAGUUUUGCAAUACGAUACGUUGAUACAUAUUGUGGUUGUACUUACUUAAGUAAUGUUGUUAUUUAUUUGUAUCUCUUCAUUUACAAUACGUCCUAGUGAUAUUAUUUCUAUACUUUUGUGUUGUCAUUAUAAUUUUUUUUAUACUUAAUAAGAUAAUUUGUAAACCGUGGACGUGUAUUUAUCGUAAGGCACAUAAGGACUUUAUAGGUACCUACCUAAAUGAUUUGUGAUAAAAAUGAUAAUUUUAAUGAUUCAUCUUUUGUGAUUUUUUUUGUAGUGAAUUUAAGAAAUAUACGAAGUUUUUUUCAUCAACUAAUUUGGUGUUUACUUUUGAUGAAUACCUACUCUCUUAAACACAAAUUUGACUACCUGGUUUUAUAUACUAUACACCUAUACUUACCUAAUAUCAUCUUAAUUAAUGCUCAGGUGAUGUUUAAUUUCAUGUAGAUUUUCGAAACCUUAAUGUAAUACCAAGUAUUGAUUAAAGUUAUGAAACUGUU